ACCUGACCCCGUUUGUUUGAUUUGUACAAGAAUGCACGCUUCUCUUCCUGCGCAAAAUCCUGUAUCUGAUCUAUCUUACAUCGCGAUAUUGUUGGCUGGAACUGUUGGCUGGCUUGCUGUUGGCUAGCUUAUUGUUGGCUGACUCUACUCCGGCGCUUAGGGAGUCAGCUAUCAUUUAGCCCUUGGAUCAAGAUAAGCUAUAUGCCAUCGAUCAUGAACUUCACCUCCUUCUAUGUGCCAUGUCUAUUGAGACAUCAACUUCUCCGGUCUAAUCGGUCGGUACUGAGAAGGACACUCAGCUCUACUUGUACAACCUGUCACAAGACACACCAGGAUUCAUCAAGUGCCCAAAGAUUAUCAAGGAACUCAAGACCACUGUCAUCGGGUUAUCAUGGGACCAUUGCGACAUUGCCUUGUGCGACUUCAUCAGGGAAUCUUGUGGCUAGAGAUUUCAGUGAUAAUGUACAUGUAGGACCAUGGCUCAAAGGACAAACUGGUACAACAGAAAUAGGGUUAAGGGGAUCAGGCAUAUUGCUGCAGCUUGGUGGUGAAACUGCGCUGUCUAUGCCGAGCAGAGACUUCAUGAAUCUCUUUGGAUCCUCCCAACCUACAGAGUGGGCUAAGGCGAUAUCAGAAGCAGAGAAGGUAGUAGGAUACUCCACAUCAUUUAUGAGUCUUCGAUGUCUUCUGAGCGACGAGUUGGCAAAUGUAGCCUUGCACAUGAGGAAACUUGUAGGUUCUAAGCAUCCACUUCUCAAAACAGCCAAGAACUUUCUAACUGAUGGGAAGCACAGUCUACAGACAAGAGGCCUGAUCAUCCUCCUGAUAUCCAAGGCAGCCAGUACUCUGGCCCACCAAGCCCCCAGAGACUCUGGAACACAUCAGCUUGAGGAUACCUCUGAUCAGGGAGCCCAGAUCAAUAGCACAGUGGCACAGCCCCCUGGAGGAAUAUAUGCUAGCCAAAGAGCACUGGCUGAAAUCUCAGAGAUGAUCCACACUGCCUUUCUAGUCCACCGAGGGGUCGUUAACCUUUUCAACCUUGACCCCUCUGCUGGACCAAUCAACAUCAUGGAGAUGGGAAACAAGAUGGCCGUUCUCAGUGGAGACUUCCUAUUGGCCAGCGCUUGUAAGGCGCUUGCAGGUCUACGCAACACAACUGUUGUUGAACUCCUUUCGAAAGCCAUAGGACAUUUGACAGAGGCUGCUUUCAUGAAGUUUGGAAACGCUGACUUGAGUCCUGUAUUAACAAUACAGCCAGAUUUGACUUUCCGAGACUGGGAGAGAUACAUAUAUCUUUCAUCAGGCACCCUGAUUGGUCACAGUUGCAGAGGAGCUUUAGAACUGACCAAUCACAGCCAGGCUCUGACAGAGAGUGCAUACAACUUUGGAAAGAACCUUGCGUGGGCACAACAGCUUCAUACAGAGCUCCAACCUUUCACAUCCAGCUCGUCAUCAAGAAUUCAAAGUGACAUUGAUCUUACAUCUGCUCCUGUAUUGCUCUACCUGGAGUCUGAUCAGGGUCAAAGGUCAGAGGUCAGCUCAUCACGUAAACCAGAUGCCAAGAAGCUGAUGCGUGAGAUUCGCCAGAGCCCUGCCCUUGACAAAGCCAAGAGUCUGUGCCUCAACUAUGCUGACAAUGCUCUUCAAGGUCUUUCGGUGUUUCCUGCUUCCGACUCAAGGACGGCUCUACAGAAUAUGGUCCAUGCAGUGAGGAUAUGAACAUUUGACGAGAUGUAUAUCCUUGAUAAAGAUAACCUACUUGCCAUAGUCUGAUUCCAGGGCUGUUUUGGUCAGAUAGCCAAACAGCAUGUAGGUGUGAGUCAUAAUUGUUUAUGAUCAGUAGCCAUCUCAUCUAGAUCUCUGUCCAUGCUGUGAGGAUAAAAACAAGUCAUACAUGUGAUAAGAUGAUUGUUCUUCUGCACUGCAUUGCCAAGCUAUUGUGAUGACCCUCCGCAAUCCACAUAUAAUAUGUUCAUGUUGUGGGGUAAUAGACAAGUCUCUACCAGAUCAAGAUGACUGUCCCGCACUAUCCCGUCAGGACAUGGUCGAUUCAAUGAGGAUCAAGGUCGCUGCCUCUACCACUGUAGCCGAAAUUAAACAUGGCAUGUCAUCCUAAAACCAACAAUAAGUCCUCCAAAAUAAAUUAUGAGAUUUUUAUUGAGCAUGAAAAAGCAUGUAAUUAAACUUCAAAAUGAUGCAUAGCUUGUCAAAAUUGCUUAACUCUGGCCACUUAUUGUUGGUUUUGGGGUGGAUGGCCACUUGACACAUGUCUUGUAUGACUGACAUGUGGGGGCAAUGGCAUUGUGGUUUAGUGGUUAUGGCUUGUCUUUCAAUCAGAGGGUCGGGGCUCAAAUCCAAACCAUGACAAGCUUUUUUUUUUCAAACAAUUUAGAAAUUUUGUGCAGUGGAUUUGAAAUUCACAGAGAUCCUAUAAAGUGGGUUAUUUCAAAGUGUGGUGUUAUUAGCUGAUAUAGGUGUUGUGUCAAAACAAGCACCAGCCUCCUUAAUACUUAAUACUCCUUAAGCUGGUUUUGGACUUAAUAUCAGUCAGUGUUUGGGCUAGCAUCACUUGGUGUUGAGCUUUAAAAGGUGAUACAAAUAUCAUUUUCUAUACCUAAAUUCUAUUAGGGAGCAUGGAUUGGCAACGUUGGGAGCACCUCAUGAAAGUUCAUCUUUGGAAAAUUUGUCAGAUCUGACAAAUUUCCUUUAGUUAUGAGUGGCUGAAAACCACUGGUAUCAGAAUAUUACUUCAUCUUUGGAUAAUGGAAACUUGUCAGUAUUGGCAACUUUCAUUAAAAUGGACCCCUGAUUAUCCUCUUAAAACCAAUACUAGCACACAGCACCACACUUGAAAUCGCCCAGUUGAUACAUGUACAUGUAUACAUCAAGAGUCUAUAAUUCUAUAUCCUAGAUAAUUCUUGGUAAGAUACAAUAUGAGUGGUAGCCCAGAAGAUUUAUUUCAAGUGAAACACACAAGAGCAACUGACCAAUCAACCAAUGGAAAGGACCCUGACCCUCACAGCUAUGUAUGGCUGUAUGGUCUGAGCUGUGGUCUUCCUACCAAAUCACCCAUUUUAUGACUUCACUACCAAAGGAACCAUUUCCAUGAUGUCCAUAUACAUGUAGGUCUAGAUGACUCUUAUCAUGCAUGAUGCACCCCACCCUGAAGUAAGUGCUUCAGUUGUGAUAUUAGUAUUUGGGACAAUGUAGGUAUGAUUUAUGAAUUGUGCAGCUGCUGAGGGUGACAAAUUACAAUCGGGACUAUUGUGGAAUAGAAUUUUUCUCAAUUGCAAUUAUAGCUAUUUCAGAGAUUUCAGAGCAUAUUUGGAUGGUUUACAUGUAGCAGGGGUGUGAGAGUUCAGAUUUUUAUCUGAUUUCAGAUUUUUUUUGUUUUGAUUUUCAGCUUAAUUUCAGCUUAUUUUUUGGCCUUCCUCUGUACAAAAAGUAUGGGAGCUCUUUCUAUUUCAGACUUUUUCAACACUCUGCAGCUUUUUUCAGAUCUUUUUAUUUGUGACCACUCACACCCCUGAUGUAGGUAGGUAUGUGUCAUAUUCUGAUCAUGAAGAUAGCUGUAGAUUUCUUUGUAGCAUUUAUAAUUAUGUUAUUACAAUUUGACUCAACAUAGCUGGUUUGGACAUUUGAACAUGUGUUCUGUUAAACUUUCCUAAACUCUAUCCAUUCUCCUCAUAUUUGGUUGAUUGUUCAACUCUACAGACUCUGUCCCUCAUCAUACCUGAUCACCCUUCUUUCUCCUGUUCAUUAUAUAAUGCCCAGUCAACUCUCUUUUUCUUUACCUUAUCCAUUCCUCCUCAUUCUCCUUCUUACAUCCUCUUGUUAAAUAUUCACUUCAUCUGUUAAUCUCUUCCACGAUCUCUGAGCAACUCCUUUCAUACCACCCUCCGUCAAAAAACCCUCAAAACAUCUUUCACUGUUACCUCAGCUUUAUACAUCUAGUCCGCAUUUAUUCUUUGUCUCUUCAUUUCUCAAUCCUCCUGUACUAUUCACAGAGCCCCUGAUUAGAAGAGUCAAGCCAAUCCAGUUUAAAGUAUGUUAAAUAUACACUGUACCUGCCAUGCUGUGACCAAAAGCAACCAAGUUGGCCAAACUCUUACUAGAAGGCUCUGCAAUGCACCCCUGUGUCUUGCUUUACCUGUUUUCGCUCCAUACCCUUUCAAUAUGCAUCUAUCAUAACGGCAAUGAUGUUCUAUAGAGAGUAGUAAUUUAUCAUUUAUCUUUUAAACUCCAGAUUUACAUUCAGAAAAAAAAUAUUAGGGAGCAUUGAGAAUUUCACUCAUAAUACUCAUGCUUUUGCGAACAUGUAAUGAUUUUAUUUCUAUAUAAACGUUUUAUGGAAUACUUUUGCACAAAACUAAAAACUUGGUCCUUCACUCAUGUCUUUUGCAGGGUAUUUUAGAUGUUUAUGAUUACCUCCGAAACUGUACAUCUUUCACGUUUGUUUUCAAAGCACUGCUCGUAUACCACAACCACACAUCAAAGACGAGGAAAGUGUCUGGUGAUAUUAAGGGUACACAUAAUGGUACAGGUUGCUUUCUUAUGCAAUGUGACAUGGCGCUGUUGUAAUUAAUGAAACGUAAAUCUGUGGGGAUCUCUGUGUAGUUCCAAUGCUCUGGACUAGGAUAUGACAAGAGCCUCCCUAUCUCUUAUGAGGUGAGCUCCAAUGUGAAAUUAAUCCUGUAGAGUCAAUAUUACAUAGUCAUUUGAUUUCCCUGUAAUAUACCUCAUGAGUAAAUGACCAAGAAGCAAAAUGACACGUGACAGAAGCACCAAAUUUAUGUUUUUUAUUUUGUGAGUUUUUAUUCUCAAUCCGAAGAUGAAUAUCCAUUUGGAAUUGUUACAUGUAGCAACAUAAUCAUGACAUGUACAAAUGAAAGAUGAAAUUGAUACUUUUCUUGCAAACUUUUACUCGAAGAAAAAAAAACCAAAGGAAUCUAGAACACAUCUGUCAUGGUGAAUUUGUGAAUUAAGGGUGUGAAGGAGAUUGGUGUAACAGAGAGAUUUGGCACUAUUGGAAGGGAGGAAGCUACAGAGGGUAAAUAAUUAAUGGAUGUAGCAAUGUAGGGUUGAAAUAGGGGGUGUGGUAUCAAAUGGAUAGUUUGAGGGUUAUGGGAGAGAGCAUGACAGAUGGAGGGACAAAGGGAAGAAUAACCAAGAAGAUUGGGAAGUCAAGGUAAUGGGGAGUAGAAUAAAUGGAACAUUGUAUUUAAAUGGAUCAAGUAGGGAAAUCGGUCAAUCAGUUUGGGGGCUGUUAUAAAUGCUACCUCGGCAAUGCAUCGUCUCUUAUAUACUCUUGGCAACUAUUAAAUUCACAGUCGAGGCACUCCACUCCGGAGAGGGGCACAUUGGGCAUAAUGGUCUAAUUUACAACUUGGUGUAUUUGAAAAAUAGAAAAAUAGAGUGUAUGCAUAAAUCUUCUGGGCUGCCAUUUGUAUUAUGUUAAGUCAUAGAUCAAUCAUUAAAAUCUUAUUCAAUAUUCUAUAAUCUGCUAAAUUGUUAAACAAUAUAUCCCCAAAAUGGAGAAUGAAUAUUAUUUUACACCUUCAAUUAUGAAAUAUAUGCUACAUAACAUGACUUUGCAUGAGACAUAAUUAAAUCAAAAUUAUCUUGUCACCUUUUCAAUAAAAAUAUCUAAUUUUGUAAUAAAGUAAUUUUUAAUUUUGACAUAAAAGUUCAGAAAAUAUCAUGUUUUGCCCAUUUUGCCUUGUUUUUCUUUCUUUUUCUCCCUUUCUUCUUGGACAUGAAAAAUAAGGGCUGAUCCCAACCCUGCUUCUCCCAUUGGUAAACCGGUGUUGCCUAUUGAAACUGUUGUAGAAGUGUUUAAAUGAGCAAGGACUGGGUCAGGGUACAUUUUCAAGUGUACAAGCAAAAGAAAG